AUGCGGCAGCUGGCCAGCCCGCUGAUUGACACCGGCAGCUGCCAAUGGGCUGCGAGCAGGAAGGGCCCUUCCGGCCCGGGGGGCGGGCCCUGCAACCGGAGGGCCAAUGAGAGCGCGGCGACCGCGGCUUCCGGCGGAGCUGGGCGCGGGAGGCGGGUGGAGGCGGCCAUGGCGAAGACCUACGACUAUCUCUUCAAACUGCUGCUGAUCGGGGACAGCGGCGUCGGCAAAACCUGCGUCCUCUUCCGCUUCUCCGAGGACGCGUUCAACACCACCUUCAUCUCCACCAUCGGUAUUGACUUUAAGAUCAGAACGAUUGAGUUGGACGGAAAGAAAAUCAAACUGCAGAUAUGGGACACAGCUGGCCAAGAACGGUUUCGGACGAUCACCACCGCGUACUAUCGAGGUGCCAUGGGUAUCAUGUUAGUGUACGACAUCACCAACGAGAAGUCCUUUGACAACAUCAAGAAUUGGAUCCGGAAUAUCGAGGAGCAUGCCUCCGCAGAUGUGGAGAAAAUGAUCCUUGGGAACAAGUGUGAUGUCAAUGAAAAACGACAAGUCAGCAAAGAACGUGGAGAGAAGUUAGCCAAUGACUAUGGAAUUAAAUUCAUGGAAACCAGCGCAAAAGCAAAUAUAAAUGUGGAGAAUGCAUUUUUUACACUCGCCAGGGACAUAAAAACAAAAAUGGACAAGAAGCUGGAGGGUAACAGUCCACAAGGUAGCACCCAAGGAGUGCGGAUCACCUCUGAACAGAAAAAGAGCAGCUUCUUCCGUUGUCUCCUCCUGUGACGAACUCUGCCUUCGAAAGGUCCAAGCACCUGCAGACUUGAAGUGGAAUGUGCUAGCACUGUGCUUUUCCUGUACAGAUGGACACUUCCUUCGGACAAGCCCUGUUGUGCUGACAAAGACUUGCAGUGACCAAGCAGCUGAGGUUUUUGGCUUUUAGGACCUGUCCGACGAUGAUUACCUCAGUAAUGGAAACGUGCACGUCAGAAUCUUCUGAUGGGAAUCCCUCCAUUUUACUGAUUUCCAAUCUGUUGGGGUGUAAUUUGUUUGAAAUUCCGGCAAAUCCUCCUUCCUCUGCUUUCCCUGUUUUGUUUCUCCCCGCAGAUCUUGUGUUGUGGAGGUGCUUUCACCAUUGGAGUCUUUCCCAGUUUCAGCAGCCCAGUGACCUCAUUGUGCAAUAAGGUGCUGCGGCUGUUGAUGCUUUACGUGUCACUCUCCUUACACGUCGCUCGCCUGGGAGGGCUUUGUCUGCUUUCCGCCAGUGUAUCAUGUCUGUAUCUCGAUGGAUGUGGUGAUUAAGAAGGAUAGAGUAGCCCCAAUGUUAGUUGUCAGACUUGCAGCCAGGUAUAUCUGUUCCCUUGAUGGCCAUGGUGUUGAAUACCACCCAGUUUCUCACUCUCCCUUUCACAUCUAUUGGCUUUUCCCGUGUUUAGUUUUUCAGCAAGAUGCAGUAUGUUGCAACAGCUGCUGCAUCUCUGACAGAUUCAAUUUGAGUGUUACCAACAGACUCGAAGCACUGAACAAAAACUGGAUUUCAGAUAGAUUUUUUUUAUUGGUAUCGCAGUGUUUACUAUGGCCAUGCUACACAUCAACGCCUCUCUGUUUUUCCAGGGGUUCAAAGGCAAAGAGCCAGAAAUCUACCAAACCCAACCUUUCUGAGCCAUGACUGCCUGUAACCAUGGUGUUUUGAUGUUAUCCCUGCAAAUGGCACCAGUUAUUGUAGGUUCUAUAUUUCACGGACCAUCGGGGGGGGAGGGGGUGGGGGGGGUUGUGCAGAGAAUGUAGCAGUGGUCGAAGCCAAAGAGUUUAAGGGAGGAGCAGAAGGCGGUGAAGGGAGGAUCGGUAGGAGAUGGUGGGAGGGCAGUAUGGAAUGAAACAAACCCCUCUCCCCACCACCAUCCCAGCCCCUGACAACAGCUGAGGUGCAUCAUCCGUUCACUUAUUUGUAGCCUUAUUCAUCAGCCAUUACUUUGUAUCACCACUGUUGGAGUCCUGCUGAAUUAUUUUGUGAAAACCAUGUGAAUGCUGAUGCUUGGAGCCACAGAUUGGCACGGGUGCUGUGCAGUGGUUGCAAGCAGUGUACGAGGGUUUAGUCACUCUUAGUUCACGGGCUGCCAGUGUCAGCAGUUUAGCAGAUUUGGCGGUUAAUGCACUGUGGGCAGGUCCUAUUAAUAAAGUUCAUGCAUAAUUCUGGAACCUGAGUGUUGACAUAGUAAAAUUCUCUCAGGGAGAUGAAUUGCACUUUCAGUUGAAGAGCUGUCAACUUUGUAAUGUUUGAAUGUGGAACAUGAAACUUGUGAUAAGGGGUAUACCAGGCGGUAUGUGUCUUGUCUGCUGUGCUAGAAAUCCCCAAGCCAGGCUCUGUUGUAACUAUCACUGUAUAAAUUAGUAAGUUGUACCAAAAAGUGUACUGAUGAGACCAUUGGUGUAGGUCUUUUUUUAGGUGUGGUAAUGUUUUGGUUCAAAACCAGAGAGUAGCUGUGAUGCUGAUAAUUUUAGUUUUUUUUAGUUUCUGGACUAUUAUAUAGAAAAAGAGUGAAGGAAACAGUUGCUCUUCUGACCAAAAUUCCAACCAUUCCCUCCUCAUUUCCAUUCUCACCCAAUCCCCCAUUGACAAUGAUCAAGGAGAUGAGUCUCAGACCAAAAUGGAAAACUGCGAAGUGAAGAACAAGUGGAUAUUCGGAAAUCUGAACCAAGUACCUGUUCUUGAAUGCUGAAGGUUGCAAACCUGCACUUCAAGUGGACAACAAUAAUGGAAGAUGGAGCACAGGUGGCCAAACAUUAAUAAUAAGUAGAUGGUUAUGGGCAGUGAUAACCAGAAUAUCCUUUCCUUUUAAAGUUUACUGAGUGCUUUGUGCAGCUUGAUAAAUGAAGGAGCGAAAGCACGCGCCCUAAAUCUAAAACAGAGAAGCUAUGCCAUUGUUUAAAAAGCUGGCCUUGUGCAAAUCAUGUCAUCUGUUUAGAUGUCUAAACUGAUUACCUCGCCAGAGUUUUCCUGCCUGCACAUCUCUAAAUAUCCCCUUCUGCCCAGUCACGAAAAGUCUUUCCAGUUUCCUUGUUCCAAAUCGGGAGGAUUGAAGCUGAAUGUGACAGUCUGUGGUUAAUGUGAAUCCAGACCACACCAUCAAUCCUUCGAUCACUGGGUGGGGGGAGGGGGGGGAAAGAGGAUGAUUACACUCUUCCAGAGUUGUCGGCUGCUGCUGCCAAACGAUUUGCAAGUGGAACCCCUUCUCCCAUGACUGCAUCCUUUGUAUUGGCCCCAAUCAUUCUCAUCAUUCCUCAAUCCGGUUUGAUGGCCACGGAUUCCAGUAGUUUCGAUCCAUUAGUUUACCCACUUCUUGGAUAUGACCUGCCAUUUUCAGGCUGAAAGCAGCCACUUUCACUGGAGCCCAUCUAUCCUGUUCUGAAAUGAUUUUUGUUUUGAGUUGUUAGAAAGAAGUGUAAUUUUUUGUCGUAUGUCAUGUGUUUUUUUUCCUCCCACAGAAUCCCUUAAAAUCCCAGUGUUGAUUACAUCAGGGUUGAUUGUUCCUUGUAAUUUGCUUUUGAUUGUCCAAGUUGACUGGCAUUGUACUAGAUUAGAUUAACAGCUUGCCGCAUCCCACUGUAAUAAUAUAAAUCUGUUCCCGUUGGGAUGCCACUCUCACCUUGCAGCUACACCUGGAAUGCAAUAUACUAGCCAGUCUCAAUUAUUUUAGUCGGCUUUAAUUAUUUUGGGAAGCAUACCUGGAUCAUAAUGGAAACAGCUUGGGAGUUGUUUAACUGACAACCCUGAAUGAUGUUUCUCAGAUGGCCCAGCCUCCAUGACCAGGGUUCUAAUAAUGUUUUGCUCCAUUUAAAGCUAAUAACAUCUUUUGGUGUUUCAAAGGAACAUAUCUGUAUCUUCUCGUUGAAAAUGGUUCAAAUACCUGAACAAAUUUGUAUUGGUUCCUUGCUGCCAGUGUUGGCCACUGAAUAGCAACACUGUGGUCUUUGCUGACGGACGAGUGAUCUUCCCUGACAUUGUCACUCAUCCAAAAAGUAGGAAGGAUUGUCACCUUGUUAGCAGCGACAACAUUAGCGCUGCCACUGAACCCUUUGUCAUUUUCACCUGUGUCUUGAAAGUCACAAAGUUAAAUAGCUCGCUGGGUGGCACGUCUAAUUAAAUUAAUCGGGCAGGUUUAUUCCAACCGUUAAGAAGUGACCAGUGUUAAAAGGCCGUUCUGUUCCAUUAAACUGAUAUCUGUAAACAUUCCACGCUUUUGCUUGUACAGGGCACUGUUCUGGCAUAAUGUUGGUGACGCUGCUGAAUGUGGUGCAUAAAUACCUGAUAUAUGAGGAGUGUGUCACGUUGAGCACAGUAUGAGCUAACAGCACAGUACAUAGCCUAUUGCUUUUUAAACUGCCCCCAUUGUCAGUCUGUACUAUCCUUGCUAUAACAGUAUUGUACAAAGAAUGCCAGUGAUAUGGGAGGAAAAUAUUUUGUCAACAGUUCAACCUCAUUGACCUUGAUGUAAUCGUUCAAACAUUAUGUGCAAAAGUCUCCAGGAUUCAAUUGGUUCGAAGGGAUGGGCAUAGCAUUGUUUCAGGUGACCGUGUAAAUAGCUUUACAUAAAAAAAAGGACCUACUUUAUAAUUGUUCUGUACAUGCCGAUGUUACUGGAUUUAUAGACACAAGUGGAGUUUUAAUGAGAUUAAAAAUGUGAGUCCUUUAAAAA